GCUGACGUAAGCUUUUGUCCUGCCUGACUGUUCGGUGAUGCCCGGGUAGGGGGGUGCUUGCGAGUUGGUGAAGUCUUCGGCGCUGUGUAGUGGCAGCACAGCACAAUGUCAUAGCUGUCUGGGUGUGGCUCUGUUUCAGGUAACAAACGAUGUGUAAGGAGUUAGAGAAGGGAACAACAGAGAAUGCUUUUAACUUCAUUUGCUCCAGAGUGGCCUCACCUAAGCACGCAUGGCUCAGUUUGCGAUUCUCCACCCGCUCGUGAAAGGUAGAAACGGGAGCAACCUCCUUUGUGCGUGGGAAAGCACACACGAUACAACAAUCCAGCCAGAGCUCAGCUCAAGACUCGACAUCUGCAAGGAAAAUUCAGUUCUAGCCGAAGAUGCCCGCGGGUGUGUCUUGGACGUCUUACCUGAAAAUGUUCGCUGCCAGCCUCCUGGCCAUGUGCGCCGGCGCCGAGGUGGUGCAUAGGUACUACCGACCAGACCUGACAAUACCUGAAAUUCCACCCAAACCUGGAGAACUUAAAACAGAGCUUUUGGGACUGACUGACAGACAACAGGAACAUCAAAAUUCAACUGUGCCAAGAACUCUGUGAAUGAGAAUUAAAUAUGUAUUUUUAGAAUUUAAUGAAUGAAAUUGUUUGUUUAAGCACCUAAUACAAAUUGCAAGAGGAAGUGCUCAGUAGAUGUUAACUGAUUUAGUUAUGGUUUGACCAGGUAAUCUUGAAAACUGCCAGUUUAUAUCAUCAGUUUCUGUAGUUUGAUAGAUACCCAGAGUGUAGUUCCAGUCUCUUGCCCUUAUAAUUUUGGCUUAUUUCUCUGAAUAAGCUUGACUAUAAUGGCAAAUGUGGAUUAUAAAUUAACUAAUAAAAGUGACAUUGACCAUG